GGCUAAGCCAGAUCGACCUUCUAUUCGAUCCAGACUAUGCUUCAGCGUAGCUUUCUACCGUGAUGUGAUGACUUCUUUCGAAUCUCGAUGGUUUGGCUCCCUGGCUGGGAUGGCUGUAUGUCUAGGCCUACUCCUAGUGGGCGUCGCAACCAAGAGCCUUGCUUUGACCCUGUCUGCGAUGUUGGCAUCUACGUUUUUCGGCUCAAUAUUCCUGAACUUGAUCUUCAGCAUUGGCGCGACAAUCGAUAGUGGACCAGUCCAAGUGGCGAUAUCGACAGGUCAGGGCCUUUCCGGCAUAGCUGGCGGGAUUAUCAGCUUUAUACCACUGUCGAGGCCUUUGCUGUUCAUCUACAUAGCCUUGGUUUUGUGUGUGCUGCUGUUCACGGCACGGCUGUAUCGGGCAAUGAUUAUGAGCAGUGGAAGUAGAAAUAACUGAGCAGUAGAAGACAUAACUCGCUCAAAAAUUUUAUCUCAUCAUCUCUAGUUGGAGUGGAGGUAGUGCGUCUUGAAUAUCAUGAUGACUGUAGUCUUCUCUAAUCCCCGACCCACUGGUGUUAAGCGGAGCAAGAGCAUGCUUGGUCGUGUGAUUGGCGAUCAGUUUGACGAUGGUCGCAAAUUUUUCGGCGAACGGGGAUAUCGGAAUCCUGAUGCCAUAGAAGGGUCUACUCGUGACAUAGAAGGAGUAGAUGCAGCUCCGCCAUUACAAGAUGAAGAAAGUAAACUACAAGACCACCACGACAAAGGUGUCAUGAAAGAACAAGACGACUUUUCUCCUCAACGUCCUUUCCGUGAAAUAUGGCGUGACAUUCGCGGUAUGGUCAUCACUGUGACACUCACAUACGCCAUCACCUUCGUGUGUUUUCCUGGCAUGCUGGUAGGCUUAUUCGACGUCUCCACAGGUGGCAAUCAGGAUUUUCUAGGUCAGCUGAUCAUAGGUGCAUUCCAGAUAGGCGACGUUUGUGGAAGAAAGAGUCCAGAUUUCCUGUGGAAGAGAAACGAGGUCGUAGGUUUGUCUCCUAGGGGUCGAGAGAUCGCAGGAGAAAGACGAAGGCGGCAGCGUGAGAAAAUAUCCUGCGUAUUGGGUGCACUGCGGCUGGCGUUCAUACCGAUGCUUCUGUUGGCGUCGCACCAUACGCGAAGCGUGCCGACGGCAGUGAAGUUUGUACUGACUUACCCUACGUUGUCUUCAGCGAAAAAAAGCGGAAACAUGAUCAAACAGAAUUUCUAUUUCACAUGAAAAACGUUACAAAGUAACACAAACACACCAUCUUGAUCCAUAUGAAAUGCAAACAUUCUCAGGUCCUCUCCUUUCUCUUCGCCGCAAGCCAUGGUUUUCUUGCUACUGCCACGUUCGUCCUCUCCGCUGCUAGUCUGCAGAGUACGCGAGAAAAGGCUGUAUUGGGGCUGAUAAUGAACCUCGUCGUCACCCUAGCUAUCCUUUUAGGAGGGAUACUAGGUUUCGUGCUCAUCAGCGCGUUUAAGUAAGAUUGGGAUUCGCGGCGAAUGGAGGCAGACCACGAUAUUCGACUUGGUGUGGGUCGACCCGCAGUGAUAACAGCAUAAGCAUAUCACAAUCACUCUACGCAUAGAGAAUCUAAAUUUUCAUUUUCCAGCAUGAUGUGGAUGUUGCGCAUGAUUUGCAUCGCCUGAGUGGUGUGGUCACUGGAAGGGUAUACUUUCUUUCAAUCUUCGUCGCGAAAUCUUCAAAGACCCUCCAUAGGCUUCUUAUUCUUUCUUCAACAUCAUGAUCAACACGCUUGAAAAGUCUGGUUUGGUUUGACAGAAGAGAUGAGUGGUUUACACUUUGCACUUUGGCCUCUACUUGUUUAGCAAUAGUAGGAAGAGUUUUUAAGGGCCUAUCAUUACUAUCAAUAGACGCAGCACGUAUCACCAUCAGAUCGAUGUGGGAGGUCCACAUCUGCUAACAUCUAAUCGUCCCAAAUAACUUCAUUACCGAAAAACAAGAGACACCAAAACUUAUGAGGCGGAAGGCACC